GGGGGUGGUCCCUAACACCUGCAGGGGGACAAGGCUCCCUGUCGCGUUAUCGAUAUGAUAUAUUCACAUGCAACAUUCUGGACCUUGCUGCUCUUUAUCUGAUCUGACGUCGCUCAUCUCGAACAAAAGGACAUAUACAGCUUCGACUCAACAUUCAUCAGCUCAUCCCAGCAGUCAUAGUUUCCCUACUCGAUAAAUAAACGACAUCCUCAAUUGGUCCGCAAUGAGCUCGAAACUCGUCCCCUCAGACCCUGCAAAAGUCAUGGUAAUCCGGGAUAUGGUGCCCGGAACAAUCACCACUCUCUCCGCACCAUUCUGGCGCUUUGGUCUCAUAAAGAUCGGCGGAAGAGGUACAGUCGUGCGCCUCCAAAACGGCACCCUCGCCGUCUUCUCCCCCAUCGCACUCACCCCGGAAGUCAAAACCAAGCUCUCCACGCUCGGCGAAGUAAAAUACAUCACCGCCCUGGACAUCGAACACCACAUCUACCUGGGCCCCUGGCACCAAGCCUUCCCCAACGCCAAAGUCCUAGGCCCCGAAGGCCUACCCGAAAAACGCAAAAAGAAUGGAAACGAGGACGUAGCCUUUUCGCACAUUUUUUCCAAGUCGAAGCCCGUGGAGAGCGUAGAUGCCGACUUUGAUAGGGAAUUCGAGUGGGAGUACGUCCCCGCGCAUACGAACAAGGAGAUCGCUUUCCACCACAAGCCCACCCGGACGUUGAUCCAGGCAGACCUGCUAUUCAACUUACCCGCCACGGAGCAAUUUAGCAAAGCCGGUGUGAGCGCGACAAGCGGCAUUCUCACGAAACUGUUCGGUGCGGCCAUGAACACGAAGGGCAAUGUGCAGAAAAGAGUAAUUUGGUAUGGGAUUUCGGCAGGGGAUAGGCUGGGCUUUGCAAAGAGCGUGGCGAACAUUGACAAGUGGGAUUUCGAAAGGAUAGUGCCGUGCCAUGGGGAUGUGAUUGAGAGUGGAGGAAAGGAGGUGUUCAGGAAGGUGUUUGCAUGGCAUCUGGAUUUGGCGAAGAAGCAGACAUGAAGCAAGUGGGUGGAGAGUGAUGCUUGGGAAGGAGGCAUGGAAUCGAUAAGGCUGUGCUGUGCGCUCUGGCGUUCAAGGAAUCGCCAUUUUGCUGUUUAUUAUGCCGUAGGGAGUGGUACUCUUCAUGUUACUUCACUUGUCUGAUAGGGUAGCAUCUAUAUGUAAUGCAGUCUUCUCGUCUUGCAA